AUGUUUGUGCAGUGCAUUGUCGCGGCGGAGCUGAUCGCCAUGAGCCCCAACGGCGUCAAGUGUGCGGGGGCGAUGACGCGUGAUGUGGCAGUGUACUGUGUCAGCAUAGCCUCGGUGCUGCUGGCAUUCGCCAUCGGGACGAUCAACCGCGUCUUUGUGGGCUGGGCUGUCAGCGUGUACCUGCUGUAUGCCAUCUGGGUCUUUGUGGGCGACGAGUGGCACGAGAGGGGGCGGCCGGACCUACGACGAAUGGCGGACAGCCUGCGGCGGCGCGGGCUGGGCACGUCAAGGGAGGCCCUCAAUGAGUCAUUGCUGACCUGGGCCAGCGCAGAGGAGCCGGGGGACGCCCGCGCCGGCGCAGACGGGCCCAAGUUUGCUGCUGGACGUCAGGCGUCGAGGCUGCUGUCAUACGCCAGCCUUUCGGCAGGGGGCGGCGGCGGCGGCGGUGCAGAGGGCGGUCUGUCGUUCCCGGAUUCGCCGUCCAGCGAGGCUGCGGCUGAUAUGGCGCCGUGGCAGCAGCAGCAGCAGCAGCAGCAGCAGCAGCAGCAGGGGGGCCAGGCAUUUGAUGGCGCCUGGAGCAUCGCCAGCGCGGCGCAGCCGCCGCUGCAGCGGCCAGAGCCGUUCCGCGUCGCCGCCCCUCACCGCGCCAGCGACCCCGGCGCCUUGCGGGGCCCUGUCCGCGGCGGCGGCGGCCGGCGCGGCGGCUCUGCGGGCGGCGCCGCCGCCCGCGCCGCUAGCGCAGGCGUGGCGGCGCAGUCGCAGGCGCAGCGGCAGGGGUCGACAGACUUGUACAUCGACGCUCGCACUUACCGGCAGUUGGUGUGGGCUGACUUGGCGAACGACGCGGAGGAGGGGGAGAGGAUAGUAGAGGCCGAGGAGGAACGGCUGCGGGAGGCUGCAGCUGACGAAGCCGAGGCCGGAGGCUACCUGCCGCCCGCGACCCUGCACCACCACUCCUAUGAGGAGUUCCCCUCCCUGUCCCCGCGCACCGGCAGCGGCGCCGCAUCGCCGCUCCGGGACGACCAUCCCGCAGCAGGCGGCGGCGCCGCCGCCCCUGGCCCCCUGCGCGGCCCGAGGUGGCUGCGCCGGGCCGUCGGCGGCCGCCGCGGCCGCAGCGACAACGCGGCGGCAACCGCGGCCGCGGCCGAGGGGCUGGAUAUUGAGCAUCGUGGCUGGCCGGCGCCGGUCGUGCUGCUGGCUGCGGCGGCCGCGGGGCGCCCGGGGGCGCUGUUCGCGCUGUGGCACCUUGUGCGGCGCGAGGUGACCCUCCACAGCUGCGAGGAGUGGGAUGACGCGCCUUACGUAAUCCGGCAGUUCCGACGGGUGGGUCGGCCGGGGCGAUAA